CGAGAUCUAAGUUUGACACAUCUUAGCAAAAAAAAAGGAAAAAACAAGAUGGAUCAACUGACAUCCAACACCAUGGUCGAGGGAGGAGAGGAGAGCCGAGUCACCAUCAGGUCUCGUUCUCACCACCGACCCUAAACCUCGUCUCUGCUGGACCGCUGAGCUUCAUGAACGUUUCGUUGACGCCGUCACUCACCUUGGAGGCCCUGACAAAGCUACACCAAAGACGAUUAUGAGAGUGAUGGCUGUGAAGGGUCUUACACUUUACCAUCUCAAGAGCCAUCUCCAGAAGUUCAGACUUGGAAAGCAGCCUCACAACGAGCAUAGUCAUGGUCACUCCACUAAUAUUAGGGAUACUAAUAGAGUUGUUAAUCGACAUCGAUCGAUUACACAUGCAGCUUCCAUGUUGGAUCUUCAAAGGAAUGUUGUAUUCAGUACUCCUCACAUCAUUGGUCGCAAUAUGAACGAGAUGCAAAUGGAAGUGAAAAGAAGAAUAGAGGAAGAGGUAGAAGUAGAAAGACAGGUGAAUCAAAGGAUAGAAGCACAAGGGAAAUACAUGGAGAGCAUGUUGGAGAAAGCAUGUGAAACACAAGAAGCAAGUCUCACCAAAGACUACUCUACUCUCUUUUUCAACAACACAUCACCCCUCCCAAUUCCAUGGUUCGAGGAUCAUUUUCCCUCGUCUUCCUCCAUGGAUUCUACAUUGAAUCUUUCUGAUAUCAGUCUCAACUUCUCCCUCCAAGAUUCUCGGAGCUCUAUCAGCUAGAACCGUACGGUUUGUCUCGGUUAGAGAAUACAUAUGUAGGUCUAGCUAUUUGACUCCUCCUACUCUAGUAUUCUAAUGUGUAUAAAUGCACAAACUCACAUGUAAUAGUUCUGCCAAACAAUGAAGUAG